AGCAAAUAAUAAAAAAACCGUGGCUUGGUCGUGAAAUAUGAUUGCUUGUUCUUGUUUUAUUUUCGGAAAUACAAAUUAAAUCAGCGCAAUUACGGCGAUUGUUGUAAUUUAAACACUAUUCUAUACACACUGCCACACAUUAUAAGUGGUGUUGUGAUGUUAUUGUGUUUAUAUUGACCCUAUUUGAAUGUGCGUUGUUUGUCUGACAUGUACUUAUGUUGGAAUUUCGUAAAUAGAAUAGACUUUUCAUGUCGGGACCGGGUUUAAAAAUAACAUUGGUUUGUCGCGACGGGUUAGAAGGUCUAAUCCCGCCUGCGCCAUGGCUCUGAUGAUGGCCCAAAAAAUGGUUUUGCAUAUUGUGCUAUUUGUUCUUGGUACAACAUUUGCUGCACCACCGAACGAUGAAAAUCUACCACCGAGACCGCGAGAGGGCGGUGUAACUACGCGUUACUGCGCAUUUUACAAUGAUUCAAAACCUUGCGACCCCAACAACAGCACGAGCUGCAUUCAGACACCGGAGAAAGAAGAAUGCCUACCAACUGAAACGACUGAUAAAAGCAGUCACUGCUUCGUACUGUGGCAGUUUGAUAAUGUCACGAACACUGCAUAUCCAAAGGUUAAGGGAUGCUUCCUCGAUACUGUUUCAUGUACAGACAGGGCGUUUAAUUGUCGAUUGCAUAAUAUUAAGCUGCCAUUACUGCAUUGUUGCUGCGAAGGUGAUAUGUGCAAUCAGAAUGUGACGUUCCCAGGCUUGGAAGUUGUACUAGCUCAGACUGAUGCACCUGUAGAGAUUAUCCCAGCAUCUCCUGUGCCCACUUCCGAUGAUGAUACCAAAGCAGUCAUCGCUUACACAUUGACUCCAUUGUUUCUGCUGUUUGCAAUUCUUCUCGCAUGUUACUUCUUAUACAGAAGACGCAAGGGUAGUUCGUUUGCUGAACUCGCUAGUGGAGAACCGUCUCUCUCGCGGCCACCAUCUGCUACCGCUGGUAUGGAAAAUGAGGGGCUCGGCUUGGUGGGCCAAAUAACUUUAUGCGAAGUUAGAGCUCGGGGAAGAUUUGGGGCCGUUUGGCGCGCAAAAUAUGGACAGAUGGAUGUAGCAGUCAAGGUGUUUCCACUGCAAGACAAACAGUCCUGGAUGGCUGAACAGGAAAUAUACAGGCUCCCAAGGAUGGACCACCCAGACAUAUUGCAUUUUAUUGGGGUUGAUAAGAAAGGAGAUAAUUUGCAAGCGGAGUAUAGGCUCAUCACUGCUUACCAUGAGAAGGGCUCUCUCUGUGACUACUUGAAAGCCAACACCCUGACGUGGGCGGAGGCGUGGCGCGUGGCGGUCUGCGUGGCGCGCGGCCUGGCGCACUUACACGAGGAAGUUGGCGGGAAGCCGGCCGUCGCGCACAGAGACUUCAAGUCCAAGAAUGUACUCCUGAAAGCGGACAUGAGCGCUUGCAUCGCGGACUUCGGGCUGGCGCUGGUGUUCGCGGCGGGACGCGGCUGCGGGGACGCUCACGGUCAGGUCGGCACGAGGCGGUACAUGGCGCCAGAAGUGUUGGACGGCGCCAUCAACUUCACUAAGGACGCCUUCCUUAGGAUAGACAUGUACGCGUGCGCUCUGGUGUUAUGGGAAAUAGCGUCCAGAUGUACCGACGUGGGCGCGGAGCCGACGGCGCAGUACCGGUUGCCGCUCGAAGAGGAAGUCGGUUCGCAUCCCAGCCUCGAGGAAAUGCAGGAAGCGGUGGUGCAGAGGAAGCUGCGGCCGCUCAUACCGGCCGUCUGGCGAGACCACCCUGGCCUGUCGGUGGUGUGCGAUACGAUGGAGGAGUGCUGGGACCACGACGCGGAGGCGCGGCUGUCGGCGUCGUGCGUGCUGGAACGGGUGACGGCGCAGCGGCCCGCCGCCGCCGCGCCCGCCGCCGGCGCCGCCGCCGCCGCCGCCGCCGCCGCCGCCGACACCGCGCCGCUGCUCAUACACCACCUGGCGCCGCCGCGCGCCUGCUGACCGCCGCGCCGCGCCCGCCGCCACCACCACCACCACCACCACCUCCCCCUCAUACUGCUGUAAGCCAACACCUACAUAUAUAUCACAAAUAUAGAUGACAAUAGAUGAGAAUUUUAUGAGACUAAACACGCCAUGUUAUUUAUACUUUUUGUCUUAUAAGAGCUAUUUAUUGAUAGCUAUUAAUUACUUUCAGUAUUUUCGAAUAUGCCACCUGUAGUAUAGUUUAUAUAUAAUAGAUUUUGCAAAACCUAGACAUUUUUUUAAUAUAAAAAUUAACGAGUCCAAUUAAACUCUUUUGAGCAUACUUACAACCAAUUGUCGAGCAAAACAAGUAGCGACAUCUAUUGACAUCUAUAUUUGUAAUUAUCACUAAACUUCACAAAAUAAACACGACGGUCAUUUCAUGAAAUGCACACAAAAUGUGGGCUUCCUCGACACAGUUAUGUCACACCUGGGCGGGACAUGGAUCCUUUGACUUGUUUAUAUAGAUUUCAAGAUUUAGACAAGAUGAAUAUAUAUAUUUCGUAACAUAAUUUAAGCCUUUGUAUUGUAUCAGUCGUGAACUGUCCACAGCUGAACAUAGGCCUCCCCCAGGCUUUGAUUUUGUCUAAACAAAUUGAUUAGUGCAAUGAAAUAUGGUAAUUGUGUAAUCCUGAGACUUAAACCAUUUUUGUUUUCAUCAUUCAUUCAACGUUUAUCACAUCUUUAUAUUUAAAUAGGUAACCUUCGCCUACGAAAAACCGCUUUUUAUUUUUCUAAUUCUCAGAAAAUUGAAAGUGUGUUUAUAUUUUCCUAAAUAUACACAACAUUCACUUAUUACAUUGCACUGUCUAUCUUGAGUUCACCAGUUGUAUGUGUUUUAAAAAACACAACUAAAAACGAUCCCAGGCUAAUAAUCCAGUAGACU